GAAAUCCUUAACUUGAAGCUGUACGAUAACUGAAUCAGGAGGAUGGAUCCUAUUGAAAACGUCUCAACAGGCUACACAUAACAGUUGAAGACCAAGUGACCACCAUAGCCUCAAUCUCGCAGUUGGAACGAUCUCUCAGCUUCCAAAAUCUUCAGAGUUCACUGACUGUCACUUGAAGACUGCCAUGCUAUCAGCUGCUCUGGAGAUCCCUGCCAGACGGGGUUCCAUUCGGUACCGACGGGGCAUGAUUGCUUUCGCCCUCUUGCUCUUUCUGUCAGUGACUGUUACAUAUGCGCACAGCACAACAGUAGAGCAUGACCUCCACAUCGUUCAUAAUGUGGACAACAGAAGUCCAGAAAUUGACCCUUUUUGGUAUGUGGGACGUGGGGUAAGACCGAUCGGACGUUUUGGUAAACGUGUAACGGACAGUGGGAAUGUUGGUGGACUACGUCCGGUGCUGAGUUCCUUGGAGCUUCUGCUCACCGCUCUCAGAGAAAAGGAAGACCUUCGCCACACCCUAGCUCAAGAAGAACCGGAGUGGUUGCAACACCCCUAUUGAAAAGUUUUAAAAUUGAAUUUCCCAAUUAUGUUC